CUGCGCAGGCGCACUGAGGAAAACCCGCCGCCGUCAGCCCAGCUCCGUUCUCCAUAGUCCCCAGUUCACGGAGGCUGCCCCCCCCGCCCGACUCCGUCCCCCCCUAGCGCCGCCGCCCUAGCUUCCGCUUCCGGCUUGGGAAACAACCACUUCCGGUUCGGCGCCGUCUCUUCGCGCGGCUUCGGUCGCCUCCGGCGCGGCCUGGGGGCGUCGGAGCCGAAAUGGGGCGCUCGUCGAAGGACAAGCGGGACAUCUACUACCGCCUGGCGAAGGAGGAGGGCUGGCGGGCCCGCAGCGCCUUCAAACUCCUGCAGCUGGACGAGGAGUUCCAGCUGUUUGAGGGGGUGCGCCGGGCGGUGGAUCUGUGCGCUGCCCCGGGCAGCUGGAGCCAGGUUCUGAGCAGGAAGCUGAAGGGCGGUGCUGGGGAGGGCCCUGACUCCGUGAAGAUCGUCGCAGUCGAUCUCCAGGCCAUGGCUCCGCUCCCGGGGGUCGUCCAGAUCCAGGGGGACAUCACCAAGGUCUCCACGGCGCAGGAGAUCAUCCAGCACUUCGAAGGGCAGCCGGCCGACCUGGUGGUCUGCGAUGGGGCCCCCGACGUGACCGGCCUUCAUGAUAUCGACGAAUACAUCCAAGCGCAGCUGCUGCUAGCGGCUCUGAACAUCACGACCCACGUCCUGAAUAAAGGAGGCACCUUUGUGGCCAAGAUCUUCCGGGGGAAGGACGUGACGCUUCUCUACUCCCAGCUCCGCAUCUUCUUUCCCGACGUCACCUGCGCCAAACCCCGGAGCAGCCGAAACUCCAGCAUCGAGGCCUUCGUUGUCUGCCGGGGCUACUGCCCGCCCGAGGGCUACGUGCCCAAUAUGUCCAACCCCCUGCUGGACCAUUGCUACGAUGUGGAUUUUAACCAGCUGGAAGGUCCCAACAGGAUCAUUGUCCCGUUCUUGGCCUGUGGGGAUCUGAGCGCCUACGACUCGGACCGGACGUAUCCCCUCCAGCUGGCCCCAGGGAAGGAAUACAGCUACGUGCCCCCCCUCCAGCCCCCCAUCCGGCCCCCCUACCAGGAAGCCUGCUUCUUGAAGAGGAACAACCUAUUGGCUAAGGAGCCCGGGCCGGCCCCAUUGGAGGAGGCCGCCCCCGCCCCCACGUAUGGGUCAGCGCCGGAACCUCAGGGCUGCCCCCCGGAGGCGGCUGUUGAAAACGUCCUGGCGUCUCUGUCCGUGUCACCCUAGCACAGGGUGUGUGUGUGUGUCUGUGUGUGUGUGUGUGUGUGUCGGGGAUGAGCCCUGCUCCACAUCUGUGAAAAGAGCAUUUUAAUUUAACCCUUUGUGGCCGGUCUUUGCUGGGGGCUCUUCCUCCCCCACCCCCCCGGCCUCUGUUUUAAUAAAGACUCACGGAGAUGAAG